AUGGAAAAGGGCGGCAAGAGAAAAAUGAAGGACGACGGCGUCGGCAAAGAUGACCACGAAGGCAACGAGAAAAAGAAAAAAAAAAGUAAAGUGGAAGCGAAACCCACAAACGAUAAGAUCCACAGCUGCCUGAACAUUCACAACAAUGUGCUGAUAAAAAUGGUUAACGAGAACAAACGGAAAUUUGAAAAAGUGGACAAUGUGGAGACUAUGUACAGAAAGAUAAAGGCAAGCAUUACUUCGCUCAACGUGGCAAGUGUGCAAAUGGACCACUACGAUUCGUUUAUUUACUACGAAAAGAACAAAAUCGACUUCCUCCUUCCCGAGUUGGACGGAAUAGUCAAUUCGUCCAACAUAGAUGUCCUCAAGGGCCUAAGCGAGUUAUCCUUUUAUCCGAUUUACCACGAAACGCUGAGAAAAAGAGUAAUCGAAUGGCUAGCCAAAGACCGUGGGAAAAAACAAACCGACAAGGAAGACACCGAGAAUAUGAGCAUGUCCUACUGGUUUAGCCUGAACGUUUUGCUGACGUAUCUGAUUUACAAAAAUGACGAGUACUCCAGUUAUGCCUCCCUGGUUCACCUGAAUUUGUUGCAGGGAAUCCUCAAGCGGUUCCUGACUUGCUCCGCCUACUUCAACGACAAGGAAAUGGCGAAACUGAAGAAGGUGGACAGCGAGGAUGAGAAAAAUGAAAUCGAGUGGACCGUCCUAAAAAACAUAUUCAUGGCUCUGCACGAAAGCAUAGAAUACCUAGAUGUAAGCAACUUGGUCAACAUAAACGACAAAAAUUGCAUCUUCGAGCUGAUCAAAUUUUUCCUCGAGUUGGUAAAGAAGCCACUAAUCCGUUGCAUCCACAUAUUAUGUAUUAACUACCUAAUAAAGAUAGUGAGGAGAUGUUACGACUUGAGACUGACUUACAACAUCAACGUGGAGCUGUAUGACAUCGGCCCGGAGGUUAACAUCUUUGUCAAAAUAGUGAAUAUAAUUUUUGCAAAGAUAUUGCUACUCUUGAAGGAGACAAGGGUCGAAGAGAGUCCAUACUGUGUGGAUCAGAUCAACCACAUGAACGGAUUAAUCAUUUUGUUUUUCACAAACGUUGUGAAUAGUUGCAUUCGGGUGAUCAUUCCUCAAGUGCUGUUUAACGAGAAGCUGAAGAGGGACUACUUGUCUGCCCGGGAAGGGACUUCAGCUGCGGAGACCCCAGUGUGCUUCGAGGACCAGGUCGUGGCCAACGCGUGCAACCCCGUGUUCUCCUUCAUCGAAAUAUUUAUCAUUAACAACCAUGACCGGAUCGAAAGGAACCUUUUUCUGGACUUAAUCAAAUCGCUAGUCAAGCUGUGCAGGAAAAUCGAAAGCAAAUACAACGUCAUGCGAAUCAUAUGCGAUGAGUACAUGCUGUUCGUUAAGGGGGACGACAACAAGAAGAGAGAUGCCCGCUUUUUGGACAAGAACUACUUAAGGGCCAGGAAAAUCAGCAGGAAGAGGAUCGACUCCAGUGCGUCGUUCACGCUGGAGGAUGACUGCAGCUCGUCCGUGUGCUCCGAGUCGGAGGGGGAGUGCAGCGAGGGGGAAGACGCGAGUGACGCGGAGGACGCGGCAGACCCGGCAGACACUGGCGAUACCGCCGAAAACGCUCAAACCGCCGAAAGCGCCGAAACGGGGGAGGAGCAACCCCCUCCAGAGCGCCACAAAAAGACGAAGGCGAAGACGAACAAAUGGGCAGCGAAGAAUCGGAUACAAAACAAGAGAAAGUCCACCCUCGUAGUGGAUCAAAAAAGCUACUCCAUCACGUACGAGUCAGUGAUGGUGAGGUACCUGAACAUCCUCAUAAAAUAUAUCAACUGCGAAAAGUACCAAAUAAGGGCCAUCAUUCUGGACCUCUUUUUAGCCUUGAUGAAGAAAAAAAAAACGAACAAAAAUGAGUCCAUUUUCUUGAAAUUAUGUAAAUUAUUUUUAGAGAGGCUAGAAGACCCUAACAUGGUUGUCAAGGCAAAGGCACUAUCCAUUUUGGUCACCUUAACGAGCAAAAAGUACCAUGACAAUAAUGCACUCGUGUACAAAUUUAUAUUUAACAAAACGAAGGAGAAAAUUAACAUGUACAGAAUAAUUUCGGCAAAUAUUUUUAGUCAUAAAAGUAAUAUACGCAAAUUGACGGUGCAAUAUAUAGAGGCCAUUUUCGAAACGUUAGUAGGGAAAAAACUGAGCUAUAAGAUAUUUUUACUUUUUAUUUCCAAUUAUAUCUAUAGUUUGUCCCUAGACGCCAUGUCAUCUGUGAGGAGACAAGUUCUGCUGACUGUUAAUAAUUUUUUUAUCAAUGCAAGUGAGGAUGUGUAUGUGGCCAAAAUGUGGCUGUCCAUCAUCUUCGCAGCUGUGACGGAUAUAGAAGAGACGGUCAAAGAUGAAGCCAUUUCGCUUUUCUUAAAUACAUUCAUAAAACCUUCUUUUCAGUGCCCCAUUUUGAAGGUGAGCGAGAAAAGAAUAAAAGACGUUUUGGCCAAAAAUGGACUCACGUAUUUUAGGGCAACUCGUCAGCCGUGGUCGCUCUCCCUAAGUGGGCACCGCCAUCCUGGGGAUGCCGGGAAAGCGGUUGGUGAAGAUGCUGGGGAAGCGGUUUGCGAAGAUGCCGGGGAAGCGGUUUGCGAAGAUGCCGGGGAAGCGGUUUGCGAAGAUGCCGGGGAAGCGGUUUGCGAAGAUGCUGGGGAAGCGGUUUGCGAAGAUGCCGGGGAAGCGGUUUGCGAAGAUGCUGGGGAAGCGGUUUGCGAAGAUGCCGGGGAAGCGGUUUGCGAAGAUGCCGGGGAAGCGGUUUGUGAAGCUGCUCGUCGCGAGAGGGGGUCGGCGUCUGCCCGGGGAGACCCCGAAUCGACGAAGGAAAAAAGCAAAGGCGAAAAGAAGGAUAACCGAGACGAGUGUGACAAAAACAACGACGGGGUGCUACUCCUCAUAGAGACUUGGAAGACCCACUUCGGUGAAGACAUAACGAACUACUUCCUCACCCUGUUGAGGACGAUGACCAAAUACGACCUGCAGAAUUUCAACCUGAUCAUUUUUUGCCUCAGGCGGAAGAAGAAUAACAGCCUGGAAGAAUUCAUCAGCCUGCUGAACUCCUUUAUGUACAACCUGCGCUACUUCUCCAUCAAGAUGUGGAACAUUUUCCUGCUCGAUUUCGUCAUAGAGUUGUCCAAGGAGUACCGGCACAGCGUGGACAUCUCGAAUGUGCUCUUCCUCCUGAGCAGGUGCUACAGGGUGUACCUGCUGAGCGCGCCCGCGGGGGGGCCCGCCCACAUGGAUAGCGGGGUUAGCGAUAUUGGCGGUGUUGGCGGUGAUGGCAACGAAAUGGGCGGGGCGAACGCGGGCGUGGACCGCCCACGCGAGGAGCCCGGCGACCACGUCCUCACGCGGGAGGACCUGCUAGACGAGGUGAACAAUUGCGGCAAGGGGGUCCUAAAAAACAUCAUGCUGAAGCUUUUCACCAUCGUCUAUAACUUACUAGACACGAUAGAAGAGCUGAAUGAAGAUUUUAUGAAAAAUUUGGAGCACGCCAUUUUUCAUUUCAAUUGCCCUCUGUGUCUAAUCUACAUCAUUUUGAACAUCCUGAUUAAGAAGAAAAAAGACAACGUGAGCGAAUUUAUUGACAAGCUAAAAUAUAAGAUUUGCUUCUUCUUCGAAAUUGUAGAAUCUGUUCCUCACGACAUGGUCUUCUGCAACAUUUUAAUCACGUUCAUAUUUCUGAUGAAGCAUUUUAAGAAGGGGGAGAUGAUGCCGUUUUUGACCACAGUUAGCCAGAAGCUGAAAAAAAUCUACGACCAGGCAGUGGCCAACGGGGCAGACGACAACAACAGCAGCAGCAACAACAACAGCAACAAUAACAGCAUUAUGGUGAGGAACUGCAUCUACCUAACCCAAAGCGUUUUACUAAUCGACAAGGGGGUGAACCUCAGAAACGAUUUAUUCUUAAGCAUCGAAAGGGAUUUAAAAAAUGGCAACACCUCCAUGAACAUCCUCAACAAUCUAAUCAUCCUGACGUACUACAUGAUCAUAAAUUUCGGAAGCUCAUGCAACAAAUUUGUGUACAUCCUGUUGCGCUUCUUCAAACACGAAAAUAGUUUCAUCCGUUAUUUGUCCUUUUACAUGAUUUCUAAAUUGAUUUCCGAGGAUUACAUAAAGUUUAGCAACCAUUUUUUCUUCGCAUUUUUGUACCUCCUGGCGGAUAAAAACGAAACGAUACAGAAGCAGUCCCUGUCCGUUUUUAAACACAUCCUUUUGAUAUACAACAAGGCGAAUCUGAUCAACUACAUCAUUGAGUUCAUUUUUGUGCUCAACAACUUUUACCAUUUCAAGCUCAGCAAGCAUUUGGCCAACAUCGGCAAUAGCUACGAAAUAAAGGACAAGAAGGACCGAUACACCAUUUAUAACUUCCUACUGGAAAACCUAAACAACAGUGAGAAGUUCUCUCUCCAACAGAAGCUCAUUAAUGAUUACCUAAUACAGUAUGUUUAUAAUUAUGAUAAUUUUUACUUUUGCGAAGAGGACAUGAAUGAGAAAAAGAACGGGAACAAGCGAAAUGUGAUCCCCUUGAAUGAUGAAGAUAGUGAAGGAGCAGUCUUACAGGAUGUCCUAAAUAUCCUUUCAUCUAAAUUAAUGAAAAUUAAAAUAAAAAAAGAUUUCACCAAAUUGGAGGAAAAGAACAAAAAUCUCAAAUUUAAAAAUGUGGAGAAUAGUGUUAAAGUUCUUAACGAUUUGAUGAAAAAUAUUUUAAAAAAAAAUACCCUCCCCAUUUUGCUAUCCCUGAGGGCUAUUAUGCUUAAGGCGAAAUCUUUUUUCUACAAGCAUAUAAACAAUUUGAUUAUUUACCUCUGUAUGGAUUAUCGAGAUGCGCUCGAUGACCUAAUCCCCGAGCUCCACGUCAAAAAUGAGCUCGCCAACGAUUUGCAAAAUUUCACCUACGUGGAUUUGAUUCAACUGCACACUGAUCAGGAUGACCCCUUCCGCAAGAACAACAAAGUCGUGAACAUCAACGUGAACUUUCUCGAGCUCUCUCAGAAUCAGGUCAUCGAGGAGAACCGGGAACGCGAACACCAGCUCGAGAUGGAGAAAAGGUCCGCUGCCGACUACCAGCGCAGCGACAGCGAAAGCGAUUACGACGAGGUGCACAAUGUGCUGCACGGGAUUCACGACGCUCGCGGGGGCUCCUCCAGGAAGAAGCGCGGGCGAGGCAGGCGCAAAUAG